AGUGUAUCUUGGUUUGAAGCUUGUAUUUCACGCUUCACAUUCUCUCGAUCAGCUCCCACUACUUCCCAGCAUGGAUCAUCAAGAAACAGAGCAGCGGCACUCGGAAGAUGAACAAAUUCGGGCACCGGCAGCUCCAAUGGCCGUGCCGGCGUGGAAGAGUUAUGCGCCGGGGUUUCGUUUCAGGCCCACUGACGGCGAGCUCAUUGUGGAAUACUUGCAGAAGAAAAUCGACAACCAGCCUAUCCCCGUUGAUGGAAUGAAUGAGACUAAUCUCAAAGAAGUCAACCCCUGGGACAUACAAGCGAACUUUCCGAAACUGGGAUAUGAAGAGGAAUGGUAUUUCUUCACACCGAGGGAUCGGAAGUAUCCAAACGGAGAGCGGCCGGAUCGAGGUUCGGAGUCGGGGUACUGGAAGGCUACCGGCGCUGAUAAACCGGUGAUGGUUGGAGAUGCAACCAUCGGAUUCCGAAAGGCAUUGGUGUUUUAUCAAGGAAAGCCUCAGAAGGGUGUGAAGACUAAGUGGAUAAUGCAUGAAUAUAGGGUUAAUGCUCCUGCACGCAAGAAGAGGAGUAAAGAUGACAUGAGGUUGGAUGAUUGGGUUCUAUGCCACAUGUAUGAGAAAGCUACGAGGCUACCAAACAACAAAAGGAAGAAUCCAAAUGCAAAGGAGGCUAAGGAGCAAAGCGAUGAUGAUUCUGAUUCUGAAUUCGCUGUUGUAGGAAAUGAUGAUGAUGAUGAUAAUGAAGUCGCUGCUGCGAUCGAAAAUCUUCCAGGAAUACUGCCCGAAAAUCCAUAUCCUUUUAAUUAUUAUUAUCCUGAGCAAAACCCAGCUUAUCUUGAAGAUAUACUGAAACAAUCCACAUUUGGUGGCUAUCAAGAAGCCGAUCCAUCAUUUCGUGAUGUAUAUUUCCAGUUGGAUGGAACGGUGGCCCCACCAGUUGAGGAGCAAUUGGGAUUUCAGCAGCAUCUUGCCUUGGGAUUUCAGCAGCACCUAAAUAUAGCUUCUUCAUAUCUAAAUGAUGAGACAUUGGGAUUUCAGCAGCAGCUAAAUAUAGCUUCUUCAUAUCUAAAUCAUGAGACAUUGGGAUUUCAGCAGCAGCAACCGCAGCCAAAUAUAGCUUCUUCUUCGCAGCCAAACAUAGCGUCUUCUUCUUUUUUGAGGAGUAAUGAAGCUUUUUUUCCCCCAAACAUCAACACCAACACCAAUUUUUCUCCUCCCAUAUACAACCAGAUCGAUGCUCCCAUAUACAAUCCGAUCGACGCCCAGCAAGACAUGAAGAUCGAUGCUCAGGAAAACAUGAAGAGGUUUAGGUUUAGACGUUAGGGCACUGUAAGUUUGCAACAACACAACGGUUUUUUUUUUUUAGUGUUAAUAUUGAGUCUGCAACAA